AAAUUGUACUAAUGGUCUUUUUUAAAACAGAGUUAGCUCUCUCUGCUUUAAUUCAAGCCAGUCACGGAAUGCUACUUAAUAGGAUUGCUGUGUACCAGCUAAACAAAGAGAUGUCUAUGCUUUUGCUCAUACUACAUGCUGUACCUGGAUACAUUCCUUUGGGGAAUUUAUAUACACAAAAUAAGAAAAUAGCCCACAUGGUAUAAUAGGUCUCACCUAAUUCUUCAUGAUCAUUUGAUUUAUUCAACUGGUUGUCUUUAAGCCUAGGUUCACGGCUGAAAACUAUUAUGCUGAGAUUGUUACUUUGUAUUUUCUUUUUUUUAAGAACUUUAUACCUGUUUCUUGUCAAAUUUGCAUAGAAAUGCAACUCCUAACAGAAUAAUGCUCUUCCAGCACUUUGAGAUGAUAGACAGUGCCUAUGGAACAGACAGAAUUGAACUUAACAGUGGACUCCAGGUAGACUUAGCCUGAGAUCCACUCCCUCCAAACCUCUUUUGUUGUUCAAAUGUGGCUAAAGGGUUUUGAUGCUAAUUCCUAGUUACCAGUGACUCCCUUCAACAUGGGGGCAGACUGGCACCAAGAGAUAUCAAAACCUAAAUACAGGAUGAUUGAUCAGUGAUGCUUUUGAGAAAGACCUUGAUCAAAAGGGGAAAUGUGAAAGUUGUCAGAUUCAAAAUGGAGUCACUCGUAUUAAAACCCUGACAAACGGAGCCAGGAAACGCCAUGAAGGGGAAGGGUUCUCAUGUACAUAUGGUUGAUAACAAGAACUAUCAAAAGACUACAAAAAUUUACAACCUGCACAAAGGCCACCACAACCUUAAACACAACACACACACACACACACACACACACACACACACAUACUUCUGCAACGACAUCUGCCUAGCAACUGCCUAUCUAACUUAUGGACUGACACCACCCUUACCACGCUUGUUAUUGUUAAAACAAACAGUGAGGUUUAUUUUUAUUUAUUUAUUUAUUUUUUGAGAUGGAGUCUCACUUCGUCACCAGGCUGGAGUGCAGUGGCGCAAUCUCGGUUCACUGCAACCUCCACCUCCUGGGUUCAAGUGAUUCUCCUGCCUCAGCCUCCCGAGUAGCUGGGACUACAGGCGUGUGUCACCAUGCCCAAUUAAUUUUUAUAUUUUUCAAAGAGACGGUUUCACUGUAUUGGCCAGGAUGGUCUUGAUCUCUUGACCUCGUGAUCCACCCGCCUCGGCCUCCCAAAGUGCUGGGAUUACAGGUGUGAGCCACCGCCACUCCUGGCCUUCCAGUGUACUUUCAUAGUUACGUAUUCUUUCCUCGUGCCCUGUGAAGAGGCGCCUUCCACCAUGAUUUUAAGUUUCCUGAGGGCUCCCCAGCCAUGUGGAACGGAGUCAAUUAAACCUCUUUUCUUUAUAAAUUACCCAGUCUCAGAUAUUUACUUAAAGCAAUGUGAGAACAGACUAAUACACCUGUCAAAACACCAAGCCUGAAAAACUCAACCACUAAUUUGCUCUCUGCCUUUUCCUGAGCAGCUGAACACUGUUAGAGUAACUCACACAAUGCCUUAUUAUCCCAACUGUGAUAUGUGCUACAACAGCACAUAACAGGAGGACCUAACCUUGUUUCAGGUAGGGUCAAGGAUUUUCCAAAUUAUUUUUGAACUUUUUAAGGAAACAAUGACAUUGACAACUGAGAGAUAAGCCCUAAAAUAAGUAGAGUGUGCCAGUCAAGGUACAAAAUAUCAGCAGGGUACAGGGUGGGCAUUUGAUAUUUCCCUGCAACUGGAACAGUGUAAGUGGAUGGAGCUGAGUAAAAAAAAAGAUAGUUUGGGAAACAAGCGCCUAAGACGUGAAUCCCUGCUAUAAGGGUGCUAUUUAGUAUAGGAGGUCAGAUUUGGAAAUAAUGCAGCAACCGUAACAACUGAUGCUGUAAGAAAUAUAUGUCGCUGUCUGGGAAGGGUCUGGUAUUGAAACCUAUUUUAAAGUUAGUAAGAUAGCCUGUUAACUGUUUUAUGGCAGUAAACUUGGAUUCCUGGGUGACAAAGAACUUUGUAAUUUAUGGCAAAAGCAGAAGCCAGAACUUCAUGUUUAUGCAUUUUCCAUGUCCCCCAAGUCCCACCAGGAUGGUGAAGAUGGGCCUCCAUGGAUGUCUGCACGUGCAGUCAGUAGGUUACAUUAUAGGAGAGGAAUACUGAGUUUGGGGGAUUCCAUACUUUUGUAGUUAAGUGGAAGCAAGCCUACUCUUUGGGAAGAAUACUUCAGCUAUGAAACUGAUCAUCCCAAACAACCCUGAAAAAUGAUGUAGGUAAAGAGCAGUUAGGACCUUAUAUUCUUGGCAAAUCCAGAAUUUGCAGGUCCCAUGACAAAUGACCCCUCCCAAGAGUAUGAUGGGUUCGUGGGAUGGAGUUUGGAGGAGUCUGGAUAAAUUAUUCUUUAGGGCUUGAAGAAAGGCAUCACUGAGGAAGUGAUGUUUAAGCUGUAUUUUCAUCAAGCAGGCAUGGAGAAAGAAGGGUAUUUCAGCCUGAGCCCAGCCAAAACAGGUGUGGAAACAUGAUAAGGACUUUGUAUUCUCAGAACUCUUACUAGCCUCUCAUUAUGACUAGAGUUUACAGUAUCAGGUGUGGGGAAUGUGGAAGAUGGGUGGGGGAGCAGUGGCCUGCUGUGAGAUAUCAGGUUAGAAAGAAAAUGAACUCUCUUGUUUACCUUGCUGAAGAGUCUGAAUGUUAUGCAGGCAACGAGGGAUCAUUGAAGCUUCUUAUUCUCAUAGAAGAAUGCUAUGACUGAUCUGGUAUAUGUUUUAGAAUGAUCACCUUGGAUUAUCAGGUAAAAAUGCUGUCUUAAACAUAGUGUUCUACAUUUGCUCCCUAAGACUCCCUGAAAAUGACAGUGACAGGAUUUUUAAAGUCAUACACCCUUAAGGAUUAAAGAAAAGGAAUAAUGGAAAUGAAAUUCUGGAAUCAAUAGAAAAGGGCUCAGUUGACUUGAAAAACCUGAAUUCUAAACCCCCAGUGAGCAAAACCAACAAGCAAUUCUAUUUGUAUCACAUAACCCCCUAAAAAGCUAAGAAACUGGCUUCAGGAAGUAGAAGUGAAGAGGGUACCUAAAAGGACUGGAAGUUCAUUUAGGGGAGUGUUAUAACCUUUAUGCCACCCCCGGCCCCCGCCUUAUUCUGAAGCCUUUUUUUAUUGUUCAGGAGUAAAACGGGGUCUCUGUAAUGGAGGACAUCAGGCACCUAAAACAAGGAGAAUUAAGUGAAAAUUGUACUAAAUUCUGAGACAUACCCCAGCCUCCAUACCCCUCCUCUCCCACUUGAUUUUCAACAAACGUCCCAUGGGCUCAACAGCUUCCAAUCAACUUUUAAAUAUACCCCCAUUUACAUAUGAGCAGAUAAGGACCACCAGACAUCCUAGGAAAGCCUCUAAUGUGAAAGAUAGAGCACAAAAUCAACAGAAGAAAGAAAAAGGAAACUUGAGGGAAAUAGAUACUGCAAGGGAAGAAAAACUUUAAAAAAGGUAUCAUUAAUAUCAGAGAGUUGGAUGAUGAUACUGGAAUAAUAAAACAUCAUUUUGGCAGCAAUUCAGAGUCAAUCAGAGGCAAACAAAACUGAAAACGUUUUAGGAAAAAGCUGACCAAGAAGACCUGAACUAAAGUAGCAGUAAUGGCGAUGAACAUGACACUUAAAAAACGCAGGUUCUAGGCCCCUCACUAGAAAACUAGGGGAUGAACCUCCGGGGAUGGAGUCCAGGAAUUUGGAAUCUUCUAAAACAUCACCACUGGCAAUUCUGAUGUAGCCAGCUGGGUGCUGGUCUCAAGACUGAGAACUAGAGGACAUAGGGUCUAAUCGGAUGUAAGAGGGUAAGAAAGUGGGAAGGUUGAUAACUGUCUGGCUGGGUGGAUGAUGGUGUCAUCCCAACAUAGAAACAUAGACAAGAUACACUUUUGCCCACUUCCAACCCAAAUACAUAAAUAAGGCUGUGUUAAUUUGAGUAGUCCAUGGUACAUCUUGGAAAAGUAUAGUUGGCAUGUGGAGAUAUUUUUUGCUUAGAUUAGAAGCACAGUUUCUUGUCACCAACAACUACGGCUGCGAGAGCGUCCUAUGCUUUUUUCUCACGUACCGUUUUGAUGCAGAGCUGUCUUCGCAGUCCCUCCCCCGGCUAAAACCCCCCAAACAAAAAAAUCCCGAUUACUCUGCCACCAGACAGUAGCUUUAAAACACCUCUGUUAUUGCCGUUGACGCUUAUUGUAAUAAUUGACAUGUCUCCAACUGUAACAAUUCCCUUAGAAACAGAAACUUCUAUUCAGGCAUAUAGUUUACAAAACUCCACCUCGGACCUGCUUUAAUUUCUUUACAGGUCCUACUAAAUGCUCCUGUCAAAUUCCUUAGUUAUCGUUUCAAUCUGCUUCCCAAUUAAAAUGUCAGCAUCAUGAUGACAGGAACGUCGUUUGCAGGCGUCACUGCUGCAGCCAUAUCUCCAGCACGUUUCCAGAAAAUGUCAUUGGUUGAAAGCAAUAACUCUCCUAUUUCACAGUGAUUUCAUCUCUCUUCACAUCAACCCUAGGUGAUGUUUUUAUUCUCACCUUAUGAACGAGAAUACUGCGGCUCAAAAUUCAAGAGUCUUGCCCAGAGUUUUUUGGCAAGUACGAAAGGGUUAUGGCUCCAAACUGGUUAGCUCCGAAGUCCUUGCAAACCCUGUCCGAGACCAUGCGCGACCCCAAGGAGCGCCUGAGCAGAUAACCAAAAGUGAAAAAGCCUAUAGACCUCUUCACUCAAGUUAGCACCUCGGCUUCAGGAGAGGCAGCGCCAGCUCGACGCAGCCUGCCCGGGGGUCGCUCGCAAUGACGUCACGUAGCGACGCGGAAGAUUUACGUAUGGUGCCUCGCUCUGGGAUAGCUUUACGGCUUCUGGGAGCUGCUGCUUCGCUGUGAGAAGUAUCCGCGACGAGCUAUCCGGGAAAGGGCCGAAUGCGAUCAAACCUAAUCCGCGAGACUUGCUAAGGUUCUGUGCUACAAAUUGAUGUUUAGAUAAACUUCAGUGAAAUGACUCUUCAGGAAUUGGUGCAUAAGGCUGCCUCCUGUUAUAUGGACAGAGUAGCUGUAUGUUUUGAUGAAUGCAACAACCAGCUUCCAGUUUACUACACCUACAAGACGGUGGUUAAUGCUGCUUCUGAAUUAUCAGAUUUUCUGCUGUUACACUGUGACUUUCAAGGAAUUCGGGAAAUUGGUCUCUACUGCCAACCUGGGAUAGACUUACCCUCUUGGAUUUUAGGAAUUCUCCAAGUCCCAGCUGCUUAUGUACCUAUCGAGCCAGAUUCACCACCGUCGUUAUCAACUUAUUUUAUGAAAAAAUGUGAUCUAAAGUAUAUCCUUGUUGAAAAAAAACAAAUUAAUAAAUUUAAAUCUUUUCAUGAAACAUUAUUGAACUAUGAUACAUUUACAGUGGAACAUAAUGACCUAGUGCUCUUCAGACUUCACUGGAAAAAUACUGAGGUGAACUUGAUGCUAAAUGAUGGAAAAGAGAAAUAUGAAAAAGAAAAAAUAAAAAGCAUAAGUUCUGAUCAUGUCAAUGCAGAAAAAGCAGAAGAACACAUGGAUCUGAGGCUAAAGCAUUGCUUAGCCUAUGUUCUACAUACAUCAGGGACUACAGGGAUACCGAAGAUUGUCAGAGUGCCUCAUAAGUGUAUAGUACCAAAUAUCCAGCAUUUUCGGGUACUUUUUGACAUCACACAAGAAGAUGUUUUGUUUCUGGCUUCACCUCUGACCUUCGAUCCUUCUGUUGUGGAAAUAUUUCUUGCUCUAUCAAGUGGUGCCUCUCUGCUUAUUGUACCAACUUCCGUCAAGUUGCUCCCAUCAAAAUUAGCCAGCGUUCUCUUUUCCCAUCAUAGAGUGACUGUUUUGCAGGCAACACCAACAUUGCUUAGAAGAUUUGGAUCUCAGCUUAUCAAGUCAACUGUUUUGUCAGCCACUACUUCUCUUCGAGUAUUAGCCCUUGGUGGUGAAGCGUUUCCAUCAUUGACAGUUCUCAGAAGCUGGAGAGGAGAAGGCAAUAAAACACAAAUAUUUAAUGUUUAUGGUAUCACAGAGGUAUCAAGUUGGGCGACCAUUUAUAGGAUUCCAGAGAAGACUCUUAACUCUACUCUCAAAUGUGAAUUGCCUGUACAACUGGGAUUUCCACUUCUUGGAACAGUAGUUGAAGUCAGAGAUACUAAUGGCUUCACAAUUCAGGAAGGCAGUGGCCAAGUAUUUUUAGGUGGCAGAAACAGAGUGUGUUUUCUUGAUGAUGAAGUGACAGUACCACUUGGCACAAUGCGAGCUACAGGAGACUUUGUGACUGUGAAAGAUGGAGAGAUUUUUUUUUUGGGACGAAAAGACAGUCAGAUCAAACGUCAUGGCAAACGUCUUAACAUUGAACUUGUGCAACAGGUUGCUGAAGAGCUUCAGCAAGUGGAGUCUUGUGCAGUUACAUGGUAUAAUCAGGAAAAAUUAAUUCUCUUCAUGGUGUCUAAAGAUGCUUCAGUAAAAGAAUACAUCUUUAAAGAACUGCAGAAAUAUCUUCCAAGUCAUGCAGUCCCGGAUGAGCUUGUAUUGAUCGAUUCUCUACCAUUUACAUCCCACGGCAAAAUUGAUGUUUCUGAGUUAAACAAGAUAUAUUUAAACUACAUAAACUUGAAGUCUGAGAAUAAGCUCAGUGGGAAAGAGGACCUUUGGGAAAAAUUACAGUAUUUGUGGAAGUCUACUCUGAAUCUCCCAGAAGAUCUUUUGAGGGUUCCUGAUGAGUCACUCUUCUUAAAUAGUGGUGGAGAUUCCUUAAAGUCCAUCCGGCUCCUCAGUGAGAUUGAAAAACUUGUUGGUACAUCAGUACCUGGGCUUCUGGAAAUUAUUCUCAGCAGUUCCAUUUUAGAGAUUUAUAAUCACAUCCUUCAAACAGUGGUUCCAGAUGAAGAUGUGACAUUCAGGAAGAGUUGUACCACAAAAAGGAAACUCAGCGACAUUAAUCAAGAGGAAGCCAGUGGAACAUCUUUACAUCAGAAAGCCAUCAUGACUUUCAGUUGCCACAAUGAGAUUAAUGCUUUUGUUGUACUGAGCAGAGGGAGUCAAAUUUUGUCUCUGAAUUCCACUAGGUUUUUAACAAAGUUAGGACAUUGCUCUUCAGCCUGUCCUUCUGACUCGGUUUCACAGACCAACAUUCAAAAUUUGAAAGGCUUAAAUUCUCCAGUUCUUAUUGGGAAGUCAAAAGAUCCAUCCUGUGUUGCAAAAGUUUCUGAAGAGGGGAAACCUGCGAUAGGGACUCAGAAAAUGGAGUUACAUGUGAGGUGGAGGUCAGACACAGGCAAAUGUGUAGAUGCUUCACCGCUGGUUGUAAUACCCACUUCUGAUAAGUCAUCUACAACUGUGUACAUUGGUUCCCAUUCUCAUAGAAUGAAGGCAGUUGACUUUUACUCUGGGAAGGUAAAAUGGGAACAGAUUUUGGGAGAUCGAAUUGAAUCCUCAGCAUGUGUAUCUAAGUGUGGAAACUUUAUUGUGGUGGAGACAGAGCUUCUGCGUGUUGUCCAGGCUGGUCUCAAACUCCUGGGCUCAAGCGAUCUGCCCACCUCAGCCUCCCAAAGUGCUGAGAUUACAGGCGUGAGCCACCAUGUCUGGCCUGGCUGUUAUAAUGGAUUAGUUUAUGUUCUGAAAAGUAAUAGUGGAGAAAAAUACUGGAUGUUUACUACUGAAGAUGCUGUCAAAAGCUCGGCAACCAUGGAUCCAACCACAGGACUCAUUUACAUUGGAUCUCAUGACCAGCACGCAUAUGCUUUAGAUAUUUAUAGAAAGAAGUGUGUUUGGAAGUCAAAAUGUGGAGGAACUGUCUUUUCCUCUCCGUGUUUGAACCUGAUUCCACAUCAUUUGUAUUUUGCUACAUUGGGAGGACUUCUACUGGCUGUAAAUCCUGCUACUGGGAACAUUAUUUGGAAACAUUCCUGUGGAAAACCACUCUUCUCUUCCCCACGAUGUUGCUCACAGUAUAUUUGUAUUGGCUGUGUAGAUGGGAAUUUACUCUGCUUUACUCACUUUGGAGAACAGGUUUGGCAGUUCUCUACCAGUGGACCAAUCUUUUCAUCCCCGUGUACCUCACCAUCAGAGCAAAAAAUACUUUUUGGUUCCCAUGAUUGCUUUAUCUACUGUUGUAACAUGAAAGGUCACCUGCAGUGGAAAUUUGAAACUACUUCAAGGGUCUAUGCAACACCGUUUGCUUUCCAUAACUACAAUGGCAGCAAUGAAAUGUUGCUGGCAGCAGCAUCUACUGAUGGGAAAGUGUGGAUCUUGGAAUCUCAGAGUGGACAAUUGCAAAGUGUUUAUGAACUUCCUGGAGAAGUCUUCUCUUCUCCUGUGGUCCUGGAAUCAAUGCUCAUUAUUGGGUGUAGAGAUAAUUAUGUUUAUUGUCUGGAUUUAUUUGGUGGCAAUCAAAAAUAAUCAAAUACAGUCCUUAUUUGUAUAACAAAUGUGAGAUAUUUGAAAAUAUUUUACCAUUAUACAGCAUGUGGACUUAUAUUAAAGAAGAUUAUAUUUUGGCUAAGAAACGGAAA